GUGGCAGCAGUAGUGGCAGCAACCAACGCCUCUGAGUACCUCGACUCAGAGGCCAUCAAGAAGACUGUACUGCCCAGGACAAAGGCAAUAUAUGAACAGAACCCAACAGAUGUGGCUCUCUGUCUCACUGUCCUGGGCUGCAUAGAGCGGAUACUUGACAAGUUGGAGCGAGCGGCCAUCAUCGAUGACGUCCUACCCAUCCUCAGCGAUGUCAAGCUUCAAGAUGCUGAUGUUACUGUCAAGGUUGUGAACAUCUACCGGUUGAUGCUGGGUGUGAAGAAGUUUGGACUAAGUGUUAACUUGCUGGCUACCCGCAUCUUGCCCUCACUGCUGCCUCUCACCAUCAGUCCUUCCCUUAAUCUCCUCCAGUUCAGCUUCCUCCUCCAGACUAUUCAUGAGAUGCUUGACCAUAUUGACAGACAACAGCGGAACAAGUUGAAAUUAGACAACCUGAGCUUGGCAAGCAGCCCGGGUGAGAAGAGACUUUUGCGUCACCAACUUAGCUCUGAUAACAUGUCCCUCUCGCCCUUCUCUCCUGUGCCCAAUGUUAAGAUCCAUGACACUCGCAUGUCCUCCAGUGCUGAGGACUUCCUCUCCCGCAGAGGGUCGUCAGGUAUAAGCUACAUGGGAUACUCAUUCUCAGGUCCCUCGUCACCGGACUCUCACUUACUUCGCGUUCAGUCAGCAACCAUUGGACGUCGGUUAUCGGAUAAUGAAUUAAUGAUGCCCCCAAAGAUACGCAUAGGCUAUAAUUCCUCGGCCUCUUCUCCUGGCGAGACAUCCACAGGUUCUCUGCCAAUAAGGAGACACUCUAGCAUUGGUCCAGAACGACGAGGGUCCACUUGCAUGAAUCUCUCUCCUCCAACUCUGUCGCGCACCUUGGUAAGUGGGGGACCUACGUGUGGAGGGUCCCUGUACUCCUCCCGACGACACAACCCCUCCCCGCCUCUCUGCCUCAGUCCUCAGAACUCUUCCAUUGCCAAUGCCAGCAAGAGUGUCCCAAUGCUUCUGACACCUUCGCCAGUCUCCAACCUUGGUUCUCGGAGGCAAUCGACAUGUUCCAUUGCCUCUCUCAGUGGUAUAGAGUCCCGGCGAUCCUCCACUGUUUCUAUUGGCAAUCCCUUGGGGUCAACUUACAAGUCACACCGUCGCCCUUCAGCUCUAAUCUCCAACUCCUCAAGCGGUAACCUUCUGCAGCAGUUGUCUGCCGGCGUGGUGAGUACAGUGAGUAUACCACCAUACACACCUUCGUCAGCAGUGUUUUAGGGUGUUAGAUGUCCGUUGGUCAGUUAUAGCACACAGCUAGCCAGAGCAACUAGGUGAUAGUGCACUACAAUUGUAGAGUUCCAGACUCAUUAGUGAGUGGCCCACUUGGUUGUAAGACUUUGCACAUGUCUAAAUGUUCCAGCUUCUUUGGUUAAUAGUUAACCUGAUAUGAACAAGUGAAUAUAGUGUACAUAAUAUGUCUGUUCAACACUAGUUAAAUGGCCACCUUGCGUACAGUUUGGGAAAAAAUCCUCCCUGGAUAUUUCCAUUACACUAAAUGUAAGUUUAAACACCACUACAAUUUUCUCUAUUUCAGUAGCCUUUGUGGUUAAGGCUAAUUUAGUAAUUAUUUUGCCAAACUUAUUAUUUAGUUGCUCACCUAGAUGCAAAUUAUUGCACAGUAGAGAUACAGUACCACUGUGCACGCUGAGUCACUGGUAUGAAACAGCUUGUGAGAACUAUACCUCCUAUACUAGGAAUAUAAAUUGUAUAGCUAAAACAAUUAACUGUAAAAUCUCUGAUCUGGUACAUAUCAGUAGAUGUAGACUGAUGUUGUUUUAGUUUUUGGCUUCUCUGACUUAAGGAUUGCUUGCUUGUCAACUGCCUCAGACUGCAGGAUCUCUCUUGCUACUAAUCCCAGGACAUUAGCUCUUAUUAAAACAAUACUUGCCUUCUACUCUUACUCUAAACAGUGGUUCUCAAACUUUUCUAAUUUUCCCCCAAUCAAAAACUGAAAAUCAUGUUCAUCUCAUGAUUCAAAUGUUAUGGGUAUCUAUUUAACACUGCAGUAAAAUGAUGGAAAUUUUCAGAAUAAUUUUGGAGGACUUUCUAGAAUAUUGUAAAAUAUGCAUUUUUUUUUCAUUAUUUUUGUUUUUAAUUUUGAUAUGUUUUUUACAUUUCUUGCUAUUAUUGAAAAUUUGCAUUUUUUUCAUUUUGGAGGUACUAUGGUUUAUCUGCCACCUAUCAGACAGCCUUUAACACCCAAUUUUGGGUAGUGACCCUAGGUUUGGGAACCCCUGCUUUAGACACUAAUAGCAUUAAAACACUUGGCUUCUACUGUUAUUCUGAAAAAUACAAAUAAUUAAAGCACUUGGCUUCUACUGUUCCUCUAGACAGACACAUCAUAAUUUGAUAAAUUGCAGAGGAAUUAACUCUGUGGUAAAACUAAAACAUGCUAGUUAUUUAACAUCAGAGACAAAAUAUAUACUAGUUAGAUUAUUGGAACAAUAUUGUACACAGUGUGGCUAACUUGUCAGUUUCCCCUAUAUACUGCAAUUCUAGUUCUUUACUAGUGAAUUAAUUAAACACUUAUUGGCUGACGAAGGUCACUACCCUUAAGCAAAUUGUUUCCUAUAGUUUGUUGUUAGUUUAUUUUAUACACUAUUAAGAAUAAAUUUUCUUUAACAAAUUUAUCUAAAAGCAUUUUAACCAAUAAAUAGUUUUAUAACAGUUUAAUUUUCAGUAAUAUAUAAUUUUCUAUAAAAAAAUCUUUUAAAUACUGUACUAAACUUACCUGACCCUUAUUUUAAUGAGCUUAUAUACAGAGCUAGUCAUAAUACAAACAAAUAAUAUACAGUGUAUGCAUGUGUGUAUAUAUGCAUUUCUUUUUUUUAGGGGGUUUCCUUUUUUUAGGAGGUUACCCUACUUUAAAUAAAAAACAAAAAGAGUAAUAACAGUGAACUAAUCAUUAAUGGACUAAAACGAAGGGUACGGUAUUUCCAAACAAUGAUAUCGAUUUUUCAUGAUCAUCCAGUUGUUUUCUGAAUUAGUGGACUUGAUCCACUGAUGCGGAAGGCAACUGUACACCAAGAAUACAGGUAUUGAACCGGUAGUAUACUACAGUUAUGGUACUGUGCUGUAUAGUAAUUUUAUAGUACUGUAUGUAAUUUAUGGUAAUUUUUACUUACCUUUAAUGGUGGAGAGAUGAGGUGUCAAUUGCCAUGAUUGAUAGCAGUGACUUUGAAUAAAUUUGAUUCCAAGUCAGAGGAGCUGUAAUGCUUCACCAGCAUCUUCACUAAGCUUAGAGCAUAGUAUCGAAGUUUGUCCUCUUGGGAAACAGAGGCUGCAGACCUCAUUCAAAGAGAAGAACCUGGGAAUAAACAUAGUGCCUAGCAUAUCACCAGAGGCUCACAUCAACUGAAUAACCUCUUCAGCCAAUGCUCACCUGGCAAAUCUGCGAGUGGCUUUCAGGAAUUUCAACUGUCAUUCCAGGUGCUUUAUACAACAUAUGUCAGGCCCAUCUUGGAGUAUGCAGCACUAGUAUGAAACCCACA